AACAUUUGAUCCGUGACACGGAUUUAGAAAGUACCAAACCUAUUACUAGAGAAAUACUUGAUGAAGUUAUCGAUCAAAAUGAACCUGAGGUGCCAAAAGAAGAACAACCUAAACCUAAAGACACAAAAAGCUUUUUCAGUGGUCUUUAUGAAGCAGCUGCUAAACUUGAAGAUAAUAUUGAAAAAGCCGUUGGGUUUAAUAAAGUUGAUGAUCAUGAAAAAGCAGAGGCACUCGUUGUUGUUGAAUCAGCCUCUCUAGAAAAAUGCAAAGAAAUCGUUUCGGGCCAAAAAGAUGAUGGUUGUAUCGAAUUAAAUGAAACAGUUUGUAAUGAACUGGAUGUUCCUAAAGAAGAAAUUAUUGGUACAAUUCAAAAGAAAAUCACUAAUAAGAAACUUUUAUCACCUGAACUCUUAUCAAGUCUUGCAACUGCAAUUAAUAUUUCAUAUCUUAAGAAAGCUGCAUCUCAACAUGAAGGUGAAUUGAAAGAUAAAUAUAACAAAGCCCUUGAAUAUCUCAAAAAACAAAUAGGCGAUGAAAAUGCCGAAAAAGAACUUUUAGAAUGCACAGAUGAUUUUGUGGUCGAGAAUUGUAUUAAGAAGGUGAUUAAAGAUAAAAAAAGGAAUGCAGUCGAUAAGGUACAAAAGUCUACCACACCUGAGAAAUGCAAUGAUGUAGUGUCUAAUCAAAAUAAUGAUGGAUCUUUUGAAGUUAGCGAAUCAAUUUGUAAAGAAAUAGAUGUUCCAAUUACCAAUGUAGUAACUGAAGUGAAAAAAUACACACAAAAUCCAAAACUUAGAUCUCCAGAAUCAGAAUCAUGGUGGAAGACAGCACUUGCUACUAGCUACCUUAAUAUUGCUGCACCACAUCAUAAAAAACAAUGGGAAGAUAAACAUGAUAAAGCUCGUGAAUACCUUUCUGAUCAAAUUGGAGACGCUGAUGCUGAAAAAGAAUUAUUAGAUUGCACUGAUAAAUAUAUCAUUGAUAAUAUUGCCAAAAAGGUUGAAAAAGACCAUAAGAAAGAAGCUGCAAUUUCUGUUGUUCAAGAAUCGGCUUCUCCCGAUAAACAUAAAGAAAUUGUAUCUAAACAAAAAGACGAUGGUAGCAUUGAAAUUGAUGAUUCAAUAUGUAAAGAAUUGCAUGCUCCUAAAGAAGAAAUUAAUACCACUAAUAUUGAUAAAAGAUACGUAACCCAAAAAUACACCUUUACAGCUGAAGGAUUUGAUUAUUAUUUUUAUAAAACUUUUUAUUUUAGAUUUAUUGAAAUUGAUGAACAAAUAACACAAUUAGAAACUAUUCAAAAGUCUUUUUGA